GACCCUAGAAAAUAAGAAAAAUAAGAAAAACAGGUAUGGUUUCUCAGUCCAUCCUCCGCCUGCGCCGCCGAUUCUCCUUUUCGCUGCUAAACCCUCAUCCUCCACUUUGGGGUUUACUUCAUUCCCAAUAGUGCAGAGCGAGGAGAUAUGUGGCGAUCCACGAUUCAUGCAGCUAGGAUAUCCGUCCUUAGAAGACUCGGAGCAAAGCCAGAGCAUCCAUUACUCCAGAACACUUCUCAGGUAUGCUUCUCAGUGGAAUCUCCAUUGAAUCGAAGUCCGCAUUUCCUUGCUUCCACGAAUUGCAAUCUUCCAAACUCGUUUAGAUUUUUCUCCUCGACCCCGAAUUUUGAUUCCGAUGAAUCUGUGUUUCCCAUCAACGAUUCUACACCUGGUCAUUGGUCGGCCAGCGAUUUCGACAACAAAGAUAGCCCCAUUUCGUGGGACACCGACAAGGGUUCUUCCUCCGUUUUCGGGGAAGUUGAUGAUGGAAUCGCAGAUGUAAACGAUUUCUCCGUCGGGAUUGGAUUCCCUAAUGAAAAUUCCGAAAAUGCUGACGUUCCUUUAAUUGUUGGGGAAGAUGCGGAGCCUGAGGUGUCUGUAGAGAAGGAGGAGAAGGUAGAUGAGGGUGAUUUGGUUGAGAAGCUCGAAAAGAUGCUGUCAUUGCUUCAGAGUAGUGGAGUGGUUGAUGGAUCCUUAGAGACUAGCCUCGAGGAAAUUGGUUUGAAUAUUACCUCUGAUCAUGUGAUGAAAGUGCUCGAGACUGAAUAUGUUCCUGGAGAGAAUUUGAUUGAGUUCUUCAGUUGGGCUUCGAGGAAAGCAGGAGUUGUAGUAACUACGCACAUGCUUGAGAGUCUGACUAAGGUUAUAUGUUCUGGUGAAAGGAUGAGAGAUGCUUAUGCACUGUGGGGUUUAUUAAAGGACCUGGAAGAAAAAGAGACUGGAGUUUUGAACGCUGACAUAUUGAACAGCUUGAUAGCUUUCUUUGCCAGGUUUGGCAAGGGAAAAGCAGCUUAUGAGGUAUUUAACAAGUUUGAGGACUUUUGUUGUGAACCUAAUUCCGAUACAUAUUAUUUUACUAUUGAGGCCCUUUCGAGGCGCAAAAUUUAUGAUUGGGCGUGCUCUGUUUGUGUGAAGAUGCUUGAUGCUCAAAAGCUCCCAGAGCCGUGUAAACUAGGAAACAUCAUUUCUUUUUUUAGCAAAGGGAAAAAGGCUCGAGAUGCACAUCUUGUUUACACAGCUGCAAAGGAGAAAAGCAUCUCCCUACCUCAAACUACCAUUAUUUCAUUGAUUAAAUCUCUCUGUGAAAAAGAUGAAGAUGUUCAAUUUGCAUUGGAGGUGGUUAGGGAUUUUUCUACAAAAGAACGAAAACAUGCCAUUCAGUCAUUUUCUUCAGUUAUUAAAGGUUUGUGUAGAAUCAAAGAAGUUCAAGAGGCAAAAAGUUUGCUACUAAGUAUGAUUAACGAAGGCCCACCUCCUAGUAAUGGUGUUUUCAAUACAAUAAUUACUGCACUGUCCAAACAAGGUAAUAAUAUGGAAGAGGCAAUAGAGGUUCUGAAGAUGAUGGAGGGACGAGGAUUAAAACCUGAUGUUUACACUUAUACUGUAAUUAUAAGUGGUUAUGUGAAGAUGUGUGAGAUGGAAAAGGCUUAUAAAGUUUUAGGUGAGGCGAAGAAGAAGAUUACUAAGCUUAGCACAGCCACAUAUCAUACACUUAUCCGUGGUUUCUGCAAGCUUGAGCAGUUUGACAAAGCUCUUGGAUUGUUCAGUGAAAUGAAGGGGGAUGGCGUUCAACCCAAUCAUGAUGAGUAUAAUAAGCUCAUUCAAUCUCUUUGUCUAAACUCUUUGGAUUGGGAGAAGGCUGAGGAGUUACUGGAUGAGAUGAAGGCCAAUGGUUUACAUCUCAAUGCAAUUACUAAAGGUCUUAUAAGAGCAGUUAAGGAGAUUGAGCAGGAAGAAGUAAAGAAGAUGGAAAUUACAGCUCCUGCUUAAAUUCCACAAGACCACUGUUAUUAGCAAUCCUUCAGAGUUAGAGAAUGAAUAUUCCAGACAGAGUCAUAAGUCUUAAAAAAGUGGCUUCUAACCCAGUAGAAGCUUGCAAGAAGAAGAUUCUUCAGGUCUUCUUAAUGAGGCCCUGAAGACUUCCCAAAGGAAACAUGAUUAAACUAUGAAGUUUGCGGGAAAGCUAUAAUCUGAAGAGGAAUGCUGAUUUAGACAACUGAGUUUAUGAUCUGUUAUCCUCCGCUUCACUGAAUUUAAUUAGCUAUAUUAGAAAUGCUCAUUAUGGUUACAAGAAUAAUCAGCGCAGCAAGACCAAAACAAUAAACUUUAGUAUAAUAGUGAUGACUGAUGAGGGUUAAGCCAAUAAACUCAUGCAUCUGAAAUUGAUGCAGGCCUCAUAAACGCACGAGUUUUUCUCCUAUAACUUGGUGGCGUGGUGUGUCUGCUUUGAACUUUACAUAUGGUUUUAAAUCAUCUAUUUUUUGUUAAGAUCCAUUCUUUUUCUGGGAAUAUACAUAUGCAUAUUUCUUAUGGCAAUUUUG